AUGCCCGACUUCGAUGUCAUUGUCCUGGGCACCGGGCUCAAGGAAUGCAUCCUGUCCUGUUUAUUGUCCAUCUGUGGGAAAAAGGUUCUUCACAUUGACCGGAACGUAUAUUAUGGAGGAGAGACGGCCUCCAUCUCACCUCUGGAAGAGCUCUAUAAGCACUUCCAGGUUCGGGGACCUCCUAAAGGAAUGGGACACGGCAAAGAGUGGAAUGUCGACCUCAUUCCAAAAUUUAUGCUCUCCAACGGGCCGCUGGUGAAGAUGCUGCUGUUUACAGAGGUGACGCGAUAUUUGGACUUCAAGGUAAUUGAGGGCAGUUACGUCUUCAAAGGAGGAAAAGUUCACAAAGUUCCCAUCACAGAGGCAGACGCCCAGGCUUCAGAUUUGAUGGGCAUGUUUGAUAAGAGGAGAUUCCGGAAGCUGCUCCUCUUCAUCCUGAACUUUGACGAGCAUGACCCCCGCACUCACCAGGACAUGGACCCGCACCGGACCACCAUGAGGGACGUGUUCCGUCAUUUCGAUUUGGGACUGGAUGUAGUGGAGUUUGUUGGACACGCACUGGCUCUGUACAGCACUGAUGAUUAUCUGGACAAGCCAUGUCUGCAGACCAUCAAGAGGAUCCGCAUGUACUCGGAGUCUGUGGCGCGGUAUGAUCACAGCCCUUACCUCUAUCCGCUGUACGGACUCGGGGAGCUGCCACAGGGCUUCGCCAGGCUGAGUGCUCAGCACGGAGGUACGUACAUGCUGAACCGCCAUGUUGAUGACAUCAUCAUGGAGAAUGGAAAGGUGGCGGCGGUGAGAUCUCAGGGAGAGCUUUUCCAAUGUAAGCAGCUCCUGUGUGAUCCCAGCUACGCCCCCAACCGGGUGAAGAGAGUGGGUCAGGUCAUCAGGGUCAUCUGCCUGCUGAACCAUCCAAUCAAACACACUCAUGACGCCAGCUCGUGCCAGAUCGUCAUACCUCAGACGCAGGUGCACAGGAAAUCUGAUAUCUACGUGUGUUUGGUCUCUUAUACUCACAACAUGGCUCCUGAAGGGAAGUACAUCGCUGUCGUGAGCACGACCGUGGAGACAAGCAACCCGGAGAAGGAAGUGCAGCCGGGACUGGCACUGCUCGAACCCAUCAUGGAGAAGUUUGUCUCCAUUAGCAACCUCAUGGUGCCUACAGAUGAUGGAAGGCGGAGUCAGGUUUUCGUGUCACGCUCCUACGACGCCACCACACACUAUGACAUGGAGUGUCAGGACAUUAAGGAUCUUUUUCGGCGCAUGACAGGGACAGAAUUCAGCUUCGAAGAUUUCCGCAGAAAGUGUGAGGUCGACACGGAUGAUUAA